UAGGUACUUCUUCCGCGCUUGCCCCAAGUAGCGCUUUCCACCCAAGGCACCCUCGGCAAUAGAUUCAUUUUCUUUUGGACCAAAAUUGAGGGAGCUCUCGACCCAAGCACACGAUUGAUCCUCAAACCUCAAACUGGCUGGUGAUUCCCGAAGCCGAGCAGUCUCAACACGCAACUUCACAUGUUGAUAUGCAUCCGGUCAUAACAUGCAUACAUCAUAUUCCUGUGUGGUACGCGUCCACCAUCCGGCCAGUAGAUGUAGAGGACGAAACCACCAUCAUAUCGUCGCUGCUCUGGACGGCUCUUCCUGGUCUGUGUCCCCACUGCUUGCUCCCUUCGGCCUCAACGGUGAGAUGUUCCCGAUGUAGCCAAAGGUUGAACGACAUCAUCACCCAAUGUGGAUGCCCAUUUCCUGCGCAAUAG